UUCCCAAGGAAGGCCUGAAGAGCCAAUCCUUGUUUGAAGAAAUCCGCAUGACGUACAUCAAAGAGCUGGGAAAGGCCAUCGUGAAGAGAGAAGGGAACUCCAGCCAGAACUGGCAGCGGUUCUAUCAACUGACUAAACUGCUGGACUCUAUGCAUGAUGUGGUUGAAAAUCUUCUGAGCUUUUGCUUCCAGACAUUUUUGGAUAAAUCCAUGAGUAUUGAGUUCCCAGAAAUGUUGGCAGAAAUCAUCAGCAAUCAGAUACCAAAAUACUCAAAUGGAAAUAUCAAGAAGCUCUUAUUUCAUCAAAAGUGACCGCCUUAAUACAAAAGGGUUGCCUUAAGAAAACGUCAAAUGAUAGCUUUUUUUUUUUGUAAAGAAAAAACCUACCAGACUUGUUAAUUUUGUCCUUGCAGCGGUGUUUCUUUUGUAAUUAUGCACUACAUGUGGUUUACAGAGGGCCAAGAUUUAGGCUAUAGAAGCAGCGGAUUUCUCACAUUUGGUAAAUAAUUGGGGAGAAAUAAAAGGAAAAUAAAUCUUAUUUGUCAGAAAUUGUAUAUCUCCCCUCGUGCAACAUCCAUGGAUGCGUCAAAACCACCGGUGACAAGAUCUGAGGCUGUGUUAUGAACAUUCUGCUAAUUAAUUUCUGCAGUUGGCUGGAGACAAUUUUCUAGGCUUUUUUUUUUUUUUAGUAAAGUGUUUUGGAUUUUUUUUUUUUAAAGUUAAGGUAGCAUUUUGGUUUAUGCAUGUAACCUGAAGAAAGUUUACAAGUGUAUAUCAGAAAAGGGAAG